CGGUGGUGACAGUUGAGUGGGCAGAGCUGUGACAAAGUCAAAUAUACUCCGCUGGUGGCGGCUUUUACGCAGAAAAUGGGAGGAAAUCAGUCUGGUCGUGAAGCUUUAGUCUGUUUUUAAAGAGGAGGAAUUCUAAAAUAAGUGUUGAAGAUCAUGGAUCGGAUUAUUAAUUGAUUCUGAUUAUCUGGCAAUCGUUCAAAUUAUGAGUUGAUAAAUGAGGAAGACGGAGAGGUGAUGAUGGAGGAACCGCCGCGAAGUGACACCAACACAGACGAGCAUGAGGGUUUUAACUUGAGAGGACCAGGAACUUGGUUUUAACGCUUUAUGGAGUCACAUUGACUUUUUUUUUCUUCUACCAUGCAUAAGAGAUGGAUACGUCGGAGGCUGCCUGUCUUGAUUUUCACCUUCUUCAUUAUUCUCUACGUGGAUUUUCAAUUACGCACCAGCAGCCUCCCCAAACUCAGCGUGGCUCAGCAGCACCAGCCGGCACCCGGCGCGCCUCACCGCUCCAUCCAGGAGUCUCCAUCCCCGGUGAAGGACGCGCAGAGCCCGGCGAGGAACAGCACCAGCAGCGGGAAAGACGGUCAGCCUGCUUCUGAACGAGCGCACGACACCACCCAGCCGAAACUGAAGCUGGAGGACAUCUUCAUCGCCGUGAAGACCACCGGGAGGUUCCACAAGACGCGCCUGGCGCUCCUUCUGGAGACGUGGAUCUCCAGAACCAAGGCGCAUACGUUCGUUUUCACAGACGCGGAGGACGAGGAGCUUCGUUCGGAAGGUCAUAACAUGGUGGUGACUGGCUGCCAGUCAGAUCACAGCCAGCAGGCUCUGUCCUGCAAGAUGUCUGCCGAGUACGACGGCUUCAUGGCCUCAGACAAGAGGUGGUUUUGUCACGUGGACGACGACAACUACGUGAACCCGGACGCCCUCCUCUCGCUGCUCUCGGCUUUUCCCCAGGAAGGCGACAUCUACGUGGGCAAACCGAGUCUGGACAGGCCCAUCACUGCUCACGAGCUUCUGGAGGGCAAUGCAACGAGGGAAGUGCGGUUCUGGUUCGCUACAGGAGGAGCUGGAUUCUGUCUGAGUCGGCGGCUGGCGGAGAAGAUGGCGCCCUGGGCCAGCGGCUCUCGGUUCGAGCAGACGUCGGCGAGGAUCCGUCUGCCCGACGACUGCACGGUGGGCUUCAUCGUGGAGAAGAGGCUGGGCGUCUCCAUGGUCCACUGCCCGCUGUUCCACUCACACCUAGAGAACCUGCUGCUCGUCAGCCAGAGAAGCAUUCCCAGCCAGGUGACUCUGAGUUAUGGGAUGUUUGAGAACAAGAUGAACAGCAUCGAGGUGAAAGGAAGCUUCUUGAAGGAGGACGACCCCUCCAGAUUCAAGACCGUCCACUGCAUUCUGUACCCUUUCACCAGCUGGUGUCCUUGAGCUCUUCAUGGAAGACGACGACUUCCAAACACGCCCUGGACGACGCUGGUUAUCCUCCUGGAUGAAGUGCUUUUUCCUCGAGCAUCACAUGAGUGCAGAGAAAACUGAUGGAUUUCAUUUGAUGGAACAAACUCCAGAACUGGAGAAUCAGUGAGUGACUGAACAGUUCACCUCCUGAGCCUGAAAUCAAGUGAUCAGAUGGACACUUUGACGAUGAACUGUGAACAAACAGACUUUUAUGAAUCUUUUACGGCUGAAUGUUUUUGUGAAGCACUUGAGACGACGCAGCACUUAAAACGCUUUUCAGAUGUUUUGUUGACAAAAUAAACCUGAAAUGCAAAUAUUUCUAAAAAAAAAAAAAAAAAAAAAAUGUACACACACGUCUGUUUACAUUGAUGUCAUAAAAUUUAGAUUUAUAUUUUGUCAGACUCCACAGAGAGGAACACAACACGACCUGAGUUACAUUCAGGUGUCGCGGUGGCUGAAGCUGCUGAAUUUAUUGUAGUUUUCUUUGAUUUCAUACGUGGCCUCCUGUGGUUUAUUUGUGUGUGUGUGUGUGUGUGUGUGUGUGUUGUUCUGAAGGUGAUGGCGUCCUUGUGUGCCAGUGAAGUCUGCACACAGUGAACCAUUCUGACCCUCCCCACUCUCCCUCCUUAUCCAAACCUCCUGUUCCCCCUCCCUCCUUUUCUCACUUGCUCCCUUCGUUCCUCCACCCCUCCAUCUGUCUCUGUGUUUACUCAGUUUUGUCCACAAACCAAGGCCACGGCUGAAAGUAAAAUGAACUCCCACUCA